GAGCGCGCGCGAGAGAGAGGGAGGACACACGACCCAGCAAAGCGGGCAGGGCAGGGCAGCCAUGGCGCUGCCUCACCCCAACCUCAUCAUCGCCCUUCUCCCCCUCCUGUAGACACCCAUCAUUGCACUCCACUCCCCCACCCCGAUCGUGUCGUCGUGUCCCUCUCGCCCUCUCCCACUUCGACCCCCUUCUCCUGUCCUCCCUCGUCUUCUUGCUCCUGCACCGCGCGCCCACGCCCCAGCCCACGCUAUAUAUAUUGCCACCCGCGCGCCGUCGGCUUCCAGCUCGGUCCCGACCUCACCGCCACCGCACAGUACUUCUCCUGACUUCAGAGCCAUGGUAAACGCCUUCUUCGCGACCCUGGCGCGGGGGCUGGACGACCUCAGCGGCGCGGGCGGGCUGUCCUCGCUGCCGGCGCUGCUCCGGGCGGCGGCGCUGCUCAGGGGCCUGCACUCGCAGCUCAUGGUGCUCGUCGGCCAGCUCCACCUGCCGCCCGGCGGCCGGUGGCUGGACGAGUACAUGGACGAGACCGCGCGCCUCUGGGACGCCUGCCUCGCCGUCAAGCUCGGCCUCGCCGCCGUCGAGCGCUACUGCGCCGCCGCGUCCUGCGCCGCCGCCGCCCUCGACGACUGGCUCCAGGACCCUUCCCCCCUCUCCACUCGCCAGGUGAUGAGGGCGAUCUCGGCGUCGAGGAGGGAGGCCAUGGCGGCGGAGGAGGAGAACCGGGCGCUGUCCGAGUCGAGGAUCGCGCCGCUGUCCCUGCAGCUGGACGAGCGGCGCGCGGCCGACGCCAGGCUCAGCGGCUUCAACGGCUUCCGCGGGCUGCUCUACGCGCUGCACAACGCCAGCUCCCUCCUCCUGCUCAUCCUGGCCGGCGGCGCCGUCGCCGGGUCCCCGCGCUCGUCCUCCGACGGCGCGGACAGCAGCCGCAGCGACGACGGGUUCAUGUCCUCCAUCGCGACGCUGCAGAAGCGGAUGGCGGAGGAGGCCGCGGGCGACGACGGCGACGGCGCGCCGGGGAUGAUCAGGAUGCAGGAGCUGCGGCGCGCGCGCGCGGCGGCGGAGGCGGCGCGGGAGGAGGUGGAGCGCGCGGCAGCUGCCGGGGGCAAGUGCGGCGGCGCCGUGAAGGACAAGGCCGGGGAGCUGAAGGCGUGGCUGGAGGUGCUCCGCGCCGGCACGGACGGGCUGGCGUGCCAGCUAGACGACUUCCUGGACGACAUUGUGGAGGGCCGCAAGGAGCUCUCCGACCUCUGCAGCCACUGACGACCGAGCCGAUCGUCGACCGCCCAGCCCGAUCGAUGGUGAUGAUGGUGGUUCCUGUCGCCUGCCUGCCUGGUGGCAACGCGUGGUGGUGGUGGUGUACAAGUAAAGCAAUGCUGCUCCGACCCAUAAGUGGCAGCAGUACGUAGGCGUCGUAGGCGUCUUUUGCAAUGCCGGUCUGGGAUCGGAGAGUGGAGUGGAGUGUCGCAGCGUUUUGUUCAGGUCAUCAUGUUGUUGCUCUGCGACUUCCUUUCUCGCUGCCUGGCUGGUGUACCCUGUACGUACGUGCGUGCUAUGCUGUGUGUGUCUGAGUGUCUCUCUCACCCAUGCAAGUAGAGUGUACGUACUACUAGCAGAGACAUGAUGGGGUCGAGACCCGAGAGAGAGAUGUUCGCAAGAAAAGGCUAGUUUGUAGUA